UGAUGUCUAUAACGACGCCAACCGUCGACCGUCGUCGUAGCUCCUGGCACAUGCGACGUACUGCCUGUCUCGUUCGUCUGUCCUUCGACUCUCAUACCGGCAGCGCUGCCGUAUUUUGUCUACAGUCGACUAGUGCACCCGUAUUCGACCGCUGCUCUCCGAAGGAACCGGUAACGAGACAGAAACCAAGCUAGGUAUACCAACCGGCGUACCUAACCUAUAACUACGAAGCCAAGUCAACGCAACACUGGCGUGUAGAACGCGAGGUCAUCAAGGAAUGCUGAAUCAUUGAGAAGAUCGGAUAUUUCAUUCAUCCGACGGAUACAUAACCCACGUGUCUUGAUCGUUUAUGGACUACCGAUUGGAUUCACUGCCGGAUCGAUAUUUAUUGACGGGAUAUUCACGCGAUCGAUACUGUAGUUAGUAGUGAUUUAAUAUUGUGUUAAAGUGUCGGUGCUGUGUUUUGAACAAUGUCGUAACUUCUUGCGGCAGUGAUCGAAAAAAAUGGAGAGUCGAUUAGAUACGGACGCUUGGCUUUGCUACCGAUCUAGGAGACGUUUAUCUUAUAGUGAACUAGUGCAGUAGAGAAACAGAUAGAGGAAGAGAGAGAUCAGUGUGGAAGUCACGUUCCGAUCGUGAAGUCGUUCCGUACGACUUGUGUUAUACUCGUGAUUAUCGAUUCGGUUGGUACGGCUGAUUUUGUGGCCGUCGGAACGUCUUUUGAAAAAUGGCUGGAUGGCAGGCGUCUCGUUUGAAACGAAGGAGUGAGAAGUUGGAUGGCCGGAAGUGUCUUUGAAGACGUGGGCGGGAGAACCAGUUAGACGGUGUAUCGUGGAUAAGUGUACCAGUGCUGUAGGAAGAGAAUUCUUCAUGUUUAUAAAUGAGUGGCGUGUAUAAAAUAUGGCGACUUAGUGAGCGGUCGAUUUCAUUUAUUCUCACGGAAUAACCUAGCGAGUGUCACUUCUUGAACAGAUUCAUCGCGUCCCUGAGAAUAUCGCUUGGCAAAGAUCCUGAAGAUCAAACCCGUGAACCUUUUGUGUAUUUACGUAUUCGUGACUCACGCGGAUUCCUAUGGGAAUGGUGUGUCUUCGUGUUUCUUAGUGUUUUUUUACCUUUUUUUUUGUUUUCUUUAUUUCUCCUCGUGUCGUGUACGGGUGGCUGUCUGGCGCUGUUUACGCAUCAUGAACCAAAGUGCAGUUCUAUUUACAGUGCAUUAGUGCGUCGCGUAACUUAUAGCAAAAUUUUAAUGGACGCUUCUCGUAAUCAUAACGGUAUCCAUCAUGGCGGACGAUGAUACAAUACUCCAGUUUCCAACAGGAACAUCAUGAUUCUCGCUAGAGUGUUAAUCGAGCAUAUGAUGCUGGAAGCUGUACGACCUUCACUCGUGCGUUACGUGCCACGUCACGGACUAUUUAUAUAUAUAUAUCCAAAAAGCCGGUAGUAACCAAGAAACUGAAACUGAAAGAUGGCGGGUGAAAGAAAAAGAAUAACGUGAUGUCAGGAUGAAGGCGAAAAUUGCUCCUAAAGAACUGGAAGAACUUUUCAGUGAGGGCGCAAGAUUUCGCGACACCUCACAGCAGAUACACAAGCAAUGGCAAGCGGAUCCUGCACGAGCGUUUCCGACUGUGGGAAGUGUCGCGGGUGGUUCAACCUCGCCCAGUGGUUUACUGGGCCCGGGGGAUGCGUCCACGCCGAAUUCAACCCCUAGCCCAAGUCCCAGUCCGACAAACAGUCAACAAGUCACGCACAACAGCUACGACUCUCAGUCGAAGAAUUCCAAUACGAUGGCCAGAGGGAAGCAGACCCAACCGAUAAGCACCACGCCACCGCGGACGCCUGGCGUCGGUGCUGACGCUACCGGCACCGGAAGCGGUAAGGGCGGAUGCGUCAGUGAAGUUAUGGAAUUGUGUUACGUGACGGAAAGGAUCAUUGCUCUCUGGUACCGGGAAGAUGCUCAGGGUGUCCUGGAGCAUGCGACGAACCUUCUUCGAGGGAAGCACGCUAAUAAUUACAUGAUCUUCAAUCUGUCGUCUCCUGGGAGAACUUCUGAACCUAACACUAGGGAGGCAGGAUGGCCCCAGGGUCUUGCACCGAGUCUGGAGAGACUCUGCGCCCUCUGCAAGGAAUUGGACUCCUGGUUGAACGCUGCGCCCAAUAGGGUGGUCGUCCUCCAUGCUAGAGGCAGCAAAGAACGUCUCGGGGUCGCCGUGUCUGCCUACAUGAACUACAGCAGCAUCUGCGGAGGUCGUGAUCAGGCUCUUGAUAGAUUCGCCAUGAGAAGGUUCCUGGACGAUAAAAUCGGUCCGCUUCACGUUCCGUCCCAUCGGAGAUACAUCGAAUACUUCAGUGGCCUCUUAUCGGGUUCCCUGAGGAUCAGCCCUUCUCCACUCUAUCUCACGCAUCUCACUGUACUGGGCGUUCCAUUGUUCGAGCCUACAGGCUGUCGGGCCUUUCUUAAGGUUUACGAGGGACUCACGCCCGUCUACACCUCGGAUCUAUAUUCCGUGACGAAUGCACGCGAAUUCACAGUCAAUCUCGGCGGUUUGAGAUUACGCGGUGACAUUCUUGUCAAGUGUUAUCAUCGGGUCUACUCCAAGCAGAGUCGGGAGGUUAUGUUUUCCCUGCAGUUUCACACCUGCGUUAUCACUGAGAACGUGGUAUCGUUCCCGCGAUCUGAAUUGGACGUCGCCUGCGACGAUCCACGGUGUCCGACUGACAGCGUUGUCACCUUGUACUUUGCUACCGACGCCAGGCGUCAGGACGGUCCGGUACCAGCGCCUACGCCAGCAGUGCCUCAUGCCUCUGCCCAUCACGAUCCCAUACUCCAUUGGGAUAGUUACACGAAUCUCGAGAUAAGCGACGAUGAAGGUCGUGAGACUCCACUCUCACCGCCGCCGCCAUCAAGCUCUUCGCUCCAGACGUCCCCACGUGGCUUGGGGUACACCUGCGGUCCUAUAGAUGGCUCCCUAUACGCAGUGGUGCAUCAGGGUGCUGGUGGAGGUGCUCGGGGCUCACCACUGACAGUUUCCAUGGACAGUGGCAUAAGCAGUGCGCCACCGCAGCGUCCAAGUCCACCGGAGCCAGAACCGGAAACUCAGGCCCACGGUGAUCUCGACAAGCUUCUUUAUGACAUGAUGCUGACCGUAGAGUCCAUGCCCGAUCCACCGGCCGACGACUACAGAGCCGAGAAGAGCGAGAAGAUGUACAUACAGGAGUCCUCGAGGUCCUAUGGGAAUUCAGUUGGCAACACUGGAACGCAUCCUUCGAAUUACCUGAAGGACUCGUACAGGAGUUACAGUCAGAAGGAAGCCAGUCCCCCUUACAGUUCAGCGAGCAAUUACAGCACCUUGAAGAACGACUACAGCAGGGAUCCAUUGACCAUCAGGAAGGAGACCGUCGAGAGGCGCGAGGAGAUCAGAACUUUCGACGUCAACUUCCGGAAGUCACCCGACAGGAAAAUCGAAACGGAGUCUUACAGGAAGAACGUCGACUCCUUCUCGCCGCCAUUGAACAUCGAUUACAUCGACGAGGACAUACCUUAUCACGCGAGACAGACCAGUCAGCCCUUCACAUACGGUGCUACGUCUGAUAUGAUCAAGCAUCAAAAACUCUCAUCGCCCUCGUUAGUUAGGAAAGCUUCUGUGAGGGGCGCAGCACCUGUCGUCGACCUCGACGACAUCCUCGGGGAGUCCACCAGGAGACCCACCAGUCCUCUGAGUCCCAACACGCCAGAUCCGCCACCGGAAUUUGCAAAUGGUCCUGCGAAGAAUAACGGGGAACACGCGGACGGCUUGUCUUGGCUGCGGCAACAGCAGCUCAAGUUGGCAGCCCGCAGAGACGAAAGGAGUCCGGGUAAACAAUGGCGCCAGGAAUCCGGGAACCGCGUAAUUGGCGAACUUAGAAGUCUUCAACGUGGACGUCUACGGCAUGACGGGUACGCUAGCGACUCGGCUGUCUUGGACGAUGACGAUGACACCUGGACACCAAGUUCCAUUACGGCUCAGACAACAAGAGCGGCACCGUAUACGUCUGCGCCGGCCAGUCCGUUGCUGCCGCAAAGAUCCAGCAGCCGUAAGUACAAUGGUGCCGGAAGUGGACCUUUGACUGGAAGACCACGUGCAGAGUCCGUGAACGAACGACCCUUCGUGUCGGUAAAACGUGGCUACGAGUUCCGGAAGUACAGCGACAGCCAGAGCCCCCCAUCAUCCCCACGCUCGGCAUUAGCAGCAGCACCCUUAGGAUUAGCCCUGCAGCAAACGUUGAACCGGCAUGAGAAGCAACAGCAACAUCAGCAGCAACAACCGCCAAGACCAGAGUCGCGCAGCGACAGCUUCGCACGUGCUGAAUCGAUUCUUCGCGAGCAUAGAAAUGGCAUGAGCAGCAGCAGCAGCAGCCACAACCACAGCAACAACCUGAAUGGCAACCACCUAGCAACGCUCCCACAAUAUUCCCAAGAGUCAUCCAACGCCAUUAGCAACACUGUUAGCAGCAACAGCACCAUUCCUCAGUGUUCACCACCCGCUCGACCAGAGUCCCGAACUCGCAAUACUUUCCAGAAUUACUCCGCGAAGGUCACUGAGACCAAGGACGUGGUUGACGCGGGAUUACUCGCAGUUGUCGAUCAGGACUCCUCAUCGACCAGACAGAAUCCGGCUGAUCCUCUCGUGAGCCUCAUUCAGUCUUUGGCCGAAAUUUCGCCCAUACGCUCUUCAUCCACUAACAAGAGCGACAACCACCUUCACAUCACCUCCAAUGCAACCACAAACAACACCAACAUCGCAACCACUAACAGUUCCCCUAAUCAGUCACCAAAAGCAUGGCAGAGCAGCCAGUCCCAUAAUGAUUCGGUGUCAUCGUGGAAUGAGAGGAGCGUCAGUCCCAGCAGUGCGGGAGUCGGAAAUGCAUCCAGACCUCAAACUCCUGCGUUUCCGGUUCAUCCAAGAACGCCGUACGUAAACAACUCCUCGCCAACUGUUACCUUCGCUGCUGAUCGUACCUACGCUACCUCGAACAAUAUCAAUAACAUGGGAAAUUACGGUACGAACAACAACAAUGACAAUAACGCCGGAAAUACCAAUGGCAACAUUGUCAGUAACGGAAACUAUGGCGGCGAGAGAACAAUCUACAUAGAUGAGCGUAGAGAAAUUUUAAGAGAGACGGGGUUGCCACCCAAGAGUCCGACAACACAGCGACGCUUGAGUUUCCCAGCAAGCGGGCAGCUUAAACAAACCCAUAACAAACGAUGGCCGCUCACUAACCAAUCGGCGUCGUUCGACUAUAGCAAGGACCGACCCGUCUCUCCGAUAGGUGAACUCACAGGCUCCCAAUCUCAAAUAAUUGGCCGCAGUCCAGGCACCCCGACGCAAAUUGAGUUCGCCCAAAGCCCAAAGUCUGUUUUUAAUUUACAGAGCGCAACUUCCUACAGUUCUAUCAACAGUGGUGGCCAAUCUUCGCCCCAGGUUCAAUAUUAUGGAUCACGUAGGUCCAGCGUUCAUUCGAAUACCGAACCUCAGGAAGUUGCUGACGCAAAUGUUAAAUUCGUCCGAGACACCAGCAGGAUCUGGUACAAGCCGAAUAUUUCACGAGAACAAGCCAUUGCCAUGCUGAAGGAUGCAACUCCAGGCACUUUCGUCGUACGCGACAGUAAUUCAUUUCCGGGUGCCUUUGGAUUAGCCUUAAAGGUGGCGACACCACCACCAGGAGCACCCACCAGCCCUAGAGAUCCUUCCAGCGAACUGGUCCGCCAUUUCUUAAUAGAACCGACAACCAGGGGUGUACGACUUAAGGGUUGCGCAAACGAGCCAGUAUUCAGCUCACUGUCUGCUUUGGUUUAUCAACACAGUCUAAUGGCAAUGGCGCUGCCUUGCCAGUUAUUGCUACCGGAACCUGAAGCUGCUGCCAGAGCACUGGAUUCACCAGGUGCCAAUAGCACUCAGCAAUUACUGGCUCAGGGUGCUGCCUGUAAUGUGCUUUACUUAUUCACAAUCGAUACCGAAUCCCUGACUGGACCUCAGGCUAUCAAAAAAGCAAUCACUACGUUAUUCGAACAGAAACCUUUGCCGACUGCAACGAUAGUGCACUUUAAGGUCUCCACCCAAGGCAUCACACUGACCGACAAUGCACGUAAAUUAUUCUUCCGCCGUCAUUAUCCCACGAACAACAUUAGCUACUGCGGUUUGGACCCAGACGAACGUACUUGGGACUUUGUCAGUGAAGAAAAUAGACAAUCACUCAGUGCGCAUCGGUGCUUUGGAUUCGUCGCAAGAAAACCAGCUCACAAGUCGGACAACCAGUGUCACGUAUUCGCCGAGCUCGAACCAGAACAACCAGCUACGGCCAUUGUUAAUUUCGUAAAUAAGGUCAUGAUGGGAAGUGCACUUGUCAAAGCGAAUAUCGUAUAAAAUUUCAAAAAAAUGUCAGUACGUCACCCAGUUCGGUCAUUCCAUUGAGCACUGACUUAGUCAGCGGUUGAUCAUUCAAUGACAGUAGUCAACUGUCAUCGAAUGUGGGACAACCGUGCGAUUUCUCAUGGAGAAACGAUCGCGAGAACUUAAACCCGUUGCUUAGCCAUAUUUGGUAGAUGACAUCAUAAAUAGCAUCAAGAUGGCCGUCGCACGAAUUUCCUUAUAAGGAAGUAAUAAGAUACUGACGUGGGGAGAAAAGUGAAAAUACGAAAUCCGAGUAAACGAAUUAUGCCUUAUUCCUCUGGACGCCUAACGGAUAAUUGCGUGAACUAUGCGUUUAAUCAUUUUGCAUAAUUUGCUCAAUGAUAAAUCCAUAAUUCAGAUCCGCAUGUGUGCCGGCGGUACAGUAACAUUGUAGUUAGACAUUUGGCGAAGUAACUAUAAGCAAAAACGUUAUUGUUAUCGCUAUCACUAUCAUUAUCACUUAACGUAGCUAUUAUUCUACAAAAUAAGGUUCGAGCGAAAAGUUAAUAUGGGCACUUACGCCCGUGCUCCUUUUGACUUAUGAGAUAAAGGAAAUAAAAAUCGCGAUGACCUUAGAGUAGCACGCAGGAGAAAUAAAAUAAGUAACCAGGGUUCGAAAGCCUUAAACGAGCGGACGUCAUUAGUAUUCUCGAGCCAGCCUAUAUCAAUAGAUUUUAUUCGAGAUAUAUGAUAUAAACAGAAAUAUAUAUAUAGAUCCGAGAGAGAAAGAGAAAAAAUGUGACGUUAUACCUGGGUCUAAAAAAAAGUAUAAUGAGAAACAGAGAAUACUAUAUCGUUAUUAUUAUUAUUAUUACUAGUACUAUUACUAUUAUUAUUAUUAUCAUUAUUAUUAUCAUUAAUAUUGUCAUUAUUAUUAAUCUUAUCGUACCUAUCGAUGUAUGAAAGAAUGUUCAUAACUGUACAUAACACUAAUUAAGUUCCAAUUAACCGGCGAGGCCCAGCAACUACAAAACUGCGUAGACCGAGGAAAAGAAUCAAAGAGAGAUUGCGAAAGUGAGGUACACGGAGAAUAGAUAAAAAGAAGAGAUAUUGAAACGCGUACAGAGGGUUAUCGAUUGAAGUAAAAUAUGCAACGAGCUAACCAUAGCCAAGCCAUGCACGGUCAUAUUACAUAAACCCCAUUAUGUUCUUGCCAUUUUUCGUCGCUCGUUCUCGCAAUUACUUUUGUUAAUUACCGUUAGUCGCAUCACGGCGCCACCGUCCAGGAAAUGGCGUAGGACGAACGCUUUUGAUAUUCGAGCGAAUGGUCAAUGGCGUUUGUCGGUAUGAACCACGAACGCAGUCAAUUAUUACGAAAAACGAAAAUGACAAUAUUGAGUGACAAUGUUUCCUUGAGUUUCUCAUUAUCUUUCAUUUUUUUUUUUUCUUCGCUCCUUCGUGGUCCGUUCUUGGGUCAUCCCUCUUCCUUUUGCUGUUGGCAGUUGCAACUACGCACUGUCAUAUGGUCGAUACCUAUCUAAAAGACACUCUGUUACGUUCUGUUCUGGCCUUUUCUUUGUCUUCCUCUUCUUGCGUCCUACGUGCCGAUUGAAUGGCGACGUAUGAAGGGACGAAGAAGCGAACGCUGCACGUGCUAGUCAAAAUUCAUGCUGCUCCGUAACGAGGGUUGGUUAUCGAGGAGGGCUAUUUGAAAUGAUAAUUUAUACGUGUUAAAAUACUUAUGGCAGUGAAUUCAUUGCUUACACGGACCGACCAUUCUUGCGAAUAGUUAGCUAACGCCGAUUUGGAAUUGUAUCUUUCCUGUUUUCUUUUCUUUUUUUUUUCUACGAUUAGGGUAAUGUAAUUUUUAUCGGUCGAUCAUGACUAACACUGUCGUCCUUGUCUUUGUUAAUUUAACGUCAGUCACUAUUAAUAAUUUUAAGAACGAAGAAAACGAAAAACCCCUUUACUCCCUACGUUUACGCAAUCAGUGUAUAUCGUUGUAUACCGCGCAGGUAUUAGAGUUGAAACAAUAAACGAUAUUUACUGCGUA